GCUUCGAUUCCUGCGGUGGGUGGAUGAGUAAUGCGUCCAGGAAGCCUGGAGGCUGUGAUUUCCGCGCCAACUCCGCCCCUUGCAUGGACAUUUAUUCUUCACCGCUCAGUCCCUGCCGCCAUCGCCGCAGAUCGGGCUUCUAGAGAGACACCAGAGCAGAUACCACUAUGGCCCCCUUUGCAUCUCUGGCCUCAGGCAUCCUCUUGUUGCUAUCACUGAUAACCUCCAGCAAGGCCUGUAGCUGUGCCCCACCCCACCCACAGACAGCCUUCUGCAACUCCGACCUGGUCAUAAGGGCUAAAUUCAUGGGGCCCCCAGAAAUCAUUUUCAACUUAUACCAACGUUAUGAGAUCAAGAUGACUAAGAUGCUCAAAGGAUUCGACGCUGUGGGAAAUGCCGCAGAUUUCCGGUUCGCCUACACCCCAGCCCUUGAGAGCCUCUGCGGAUAUGUCCACAAGUCCCAGAACCGCAGCGAGGAGUUUCUCAUCGCGGGACGCCUAAGGAAUGGAAGUUUGCACAUCAGUGCCUGCAGCUUCUUGGUUCCCUGGUAUAGCCUGACCCCUGCUCAGCAAAAAGCCUUCUCAAAGACGUAUAGUGCUGGCUGUGGGGUGUGCACAGUGUUUCCCUGUUCAACCAUGCCUUGCAAACUGGAGAGUGAUACUCAUUGCUUGUGGACAGAUCAGAUCCUCACGGGCUCUGAGAAGGGCUACCAGAGCCGUAACUUUGCCUGCUUGCCUCGGAAUCCACAGUUGUGUGCCUGGCAAUCCCUGAGGGCCUAGAUGACCCAAAGCCUACCCCCAGUGGAAGCUGAAGCCUGCACACUGCUCCCCUCCCCUCCAUCUUUCUUUCUUUUAGACAGUGAAAUAAAGAACUACCACACAGCA